AUGUUGAAGAGACAGCUGCUGCGACAGGCCCGAGCCUGUCGCGGCCUGCGCGCCUCUCCCUCCUCGCUGUCGGGCCUCGUACUCAACACCUCCCUCAAAGCGUCGGCAUCGUUCAAGCCAGCCGUCCUUGCGACCUCAAUCAGCCGCCAAAUCAUCGCAAGAAACUACUCAAGCGCCGCCGCCGCCGCUGAAGCGCCAAAUGCGAGCAACGAGUCUGGUCUCAUCACCCGAUUUGCCGACCUAUCAUCACUCGGCGUACACCCCAACAUCCUCAAGGCCAUUGUCGACGACAUGCGCUAUGAAUCUAUGACAGAUGUCCAGGCCAUGAGCAUAAACCCUGCUCUGCAAGGAAAAGAUAUUGUCGCGCAAGCCAGAACCGGUACUGGCAAGACGCUUGGUUUCCUUCUUCCCACCAUCCAGAGAAUCAUCCAGAAAGACCCCUCGCUCGCAACACGUAGUCCUGCCAGGGCCGACGCGGAAAAUAUACGAGCCAUCAUCAUCUCCCCGACCAGAGAGCUGGCGGAGCAGAUUAGCGUCGAAGCCCAGAAGCUCUGCCGCCACACCAAUGUCAAGGUGCAGACUGCGGUCGGCGGAAUGAACAAGUCUAUGAUGCUGCGCAGGACCAAACAUGAGGGUUGCCAUCUCCUGGUCGGCACGCCCGGCCGGCUUCUGGAUCUUCUCAGCGACGAAUACAGCGGCAUCGACGCGCCAAACCUGGAGGCAUUGGUUCUCGACGAGGCCGACCGAAUGCUCGACGUGGGAUUCGAGAAGGAACUCCAACAAAUAGUGCGUCUACUGCCUAGCCGCAAGGAGAAAGCGCGCCAAACCCUUCUGUUCUCGGCAACCAUUCCCAAGGACGUCGUGCAGAUUGCACGAGUCUACGUCGACGCAAGCAACUUCCAGUUUGUGCAAACUAUCAAGGCAGAUGAGGCCCCCACCCAUGAGAAGGUGCCACAGCACAUAGUCCCUGUGGAGGGGUUCGAGCACUUGGUUCCCACCAUGCUGGAGAUCAUUGAGAGAGCACAGCAAGGCGAGCACGGCCCUGACCCUGUCAAGGCCAUCUGCUUCUUCAACAACACGGCUGUUGUCAAGAUGAUGGACGAGUUAUUCGAGUACUUGAGCCGUUCUCUUCAGUCUCUGCCACCUACCUAUGCGAUUCACUCAGGCCUCGAUCAGAGGCAGCGUUCGAGAGUCGCCGAGAACUUCAGGAGGGCCCGGUCUGCAAUCCUCAUCUCGACCGAUGUGACCGCAAGAGGCAUGGACUUCCCGAACGUCACCCACGUCAUCCAAUUUGGCGUACCACCGACCCGUGACCAGUACAUCCACAGACUUGGUCGUACAGGACGAGCAAACAAGUCUGGGCAAGGCUGGAUUAUCAUGAGGAAAGAUGAGAUCCCAGAGGCAAGAAGCCGACUGCCCGGGCUCCCUAUCAAACGUCAUGACGGUCUGAAUUGCGCCUCCUUCGAUACCCAAAACACAGAAACCGCCACGGUCCCGCAAAACUUUAGCGAAGUCGCGAACUCUAUGCGACGUGUGCGGUUCGGAGUCAAGAAGGAAGCAUACGAGAAGCUCUUGACCAGUGAACGCCGCGUUACCCAGUCGACAGUUGACGCGGUGAACUGGUGGGCGACGAGCCAGGCUGGUUUCCGCGAGCCACCCGGAGUGUCUCCCAGAAUGUCAAAUGCUAUUCCCGGCCUGCGACGAUUAGAGGGCGUAAGAAUUGACGAAGCCAGAGGACGUGAGGACAGAGAAGGUGGUGGUAGAGGGUUCGGUGACAGGGGCGGCCGUGACUUCGGCGGCCGUGGCCGUGGCCCGAGGGACAAUGGGGACCCCUUCUCUGAGAUGUCGAGCCGCAAUGUGCGCGACCGCCCCGCCCGGAGGGAACGGGCCGCAUUCUAA